GGCAAAUAAUCAUUUCAGACCAGUGCUCGGUUUCUUCUUUGUGGAAAAUUUCCCAGAAGCAUGUGAUUGGUACGCUGCGAGAAAACGCUACACCCUUUCCCUGGCAGCAUCAUCAAUUCUUGGUUACCUCGUGGGUUUAGGUGAUCGCCAUCCACAGAAUCUCCUCCUGCAACCAUCUACUGGAGAGCUUGUGCAUAUCGAUUUGGGCAUUGCUUUUGAUCAAGGACGUUUAUUACCCACGCCGGAAAUGGUGCCAUUUCGUUUGACUCGUGAUAUCUCCCAUGCACUCGGACCACUCGGAGUGGAAACCGGUUUUGUUGGCGCAGCUGAAUAUGCUCUGCGAGCCUUCUCUUCUGGAUCCGAAAUAAUUCUCACAUUACUAGAGGUAGGUUUACAAGUUUUGCUGCAUGAUCCGCUCUACUCCUGGUCUCUGUCUCCAGCUCAGCUCUGUGCACUGGAAGCUAGACGGGCUGAAGUUACAGGAGCCUCCGUGUUCCAGAGUGGAGAGAAUUCCGUCGUUGCGGCGGCUACGAAUGCUACUGUCGUCUCAACAAUGACGGGAAGACCAAGAGGUGAGCGAAGUCCCGUUCUUUAUUAA